ACUAUCAGCAAGAUACGGGCCCCAUCGUAAGCCGAAGGGUAAUCCGGGACAUUGUACUUUGGUGCAACACCACGCACGUUAUUGUCGAUGUGAUAAGUGUAACAGGUGACUCACUUGGGCAAAUUGUUUCAGAACAAGAUAUGGGAGGCAAUGAAUGGGUUAAUCUCGCUCUCGCGUACGACGAAAGCAACCCUGAGCUGAAGCUCAUGAAAUCCCAAUCUGAUCUGGGUCUUGUGAGGCUUUCAGGCAUUGGAACCAAUCCACGCCUUGGUUUGCCAGGAACACUGCGCAUAGGCGGAAGGUUGAACGGGACGUCUAGCCAAGCGUUUGCGGGUCAAGCAAUAUGCUGCGUCAUGUAUGACAGUAAGAUUGCAAAUGGUGACGUCAUGAAUGCUGUAGAUGAGUGUUACUCUGGAAUAUGGCCCUCAUCUUAUCCUGCCACGCCUGUUUCAGAAUCCACUUCAUGUGAGCAGUUGAAAGGGUACUUCGUUCUAGAAUCACGCGACAUGGCUAUGGGCGUUGCCAUGGUGCCCUUAGCAACGCCUACCGUAAUGUCACGUGCAAUGUGUGCGGAUAAGUGUCUACGACUUGAGCAGUGCGCAACGUUUACUUUUUCGACUCUGGACAAAAUAUGCAAGCUGUACGACGAUGGUAAUAGUGAGAGUCGUGUUUCGAUUUUGGAUACUAACGUCUACACACGAAGGGACAUUUGCUGUUAAUGCUAAGACACUAACGUUUACACACGAAUGGACAUUUGCUGUUAAUGCCGAGACACUAACGUCUACACACGAAGGGACAUUUGCUGUUAAUACUGGGACACUAACAUAAACACACGAAGGAAUAUUUGCUGUGAAUACAAUACUGUACGUUUGUUUCAA